GCCUUCUGGACAACGGGGACGGCGGCGGCGGCUCACCUCGCGCAGCAGCGGCCGUUGGUUUGUCUUGAGCGUCGGGCUGGGAUGAGCCUCGUCCUCCCUAGGGCAGCCGUUGCUAAGAGGGUCGCCCGAAGCUUGCCUGGGACUGUCUUUUCUGCCGUUAUCAACCACAUACUAAAGCUGUUUAAAUGAGAAUGUCCUUGGCGCAGAGAGUGCUCCUCACAUGGCUCUUCACAUUACUGUUCCUGAUCAUGUUGGUGUUAAAACUGGAUGAAAAGGCCCCUUGGAACUGGUUCCUAAUAUUUAUCCCUGUUUGGAUCUUCGAUACCAUCCUGCUAGUUAUGAUCAUUGUGAAAAUGGCUGGCCGUUGUAAGUCUGGCUAUGACCCUCGCAAUGGCUCUCAAAACCUCAAGAAGAAAGCCUGGUACCUCGCUGCUAUGUUGCUGAAGCUGGCCUUCUGCCUUGCCCUGUGUGCUAAAUUAGAACAGUUUGCAGUUAUGAAACUCGCUUAUGUCUUCAUUCCCCUGUGGGCCUUGCUCAUUGGCGGCAUGAUAGAACUUGGCUACAACAUCUUCUGUGUCCGAAGGGACUAACUACUUUUAGCCUUUCAUCAAGUUCACAUCACAUUCCUGAGUAAUGUCAGCUUGCUUCAAGUAUACUUCUCAUAAAAGAACUACAGAUGCAGCCAUGUGUUGAACCUCAUGCUGGAGGACUUGAUUUUUUGAGCACAGGUUCUCAUGUACAUAUUGUAAAUAAAACUAAGUCUCAUGAUUUUUAAAUA